AAUAGCGCCCAAACGCCGUGAGCCACCAACCCCCUUCCCCGUGAGCUCGUGCGCCUCGCACUCGUCGUGUGGUAGUCGCUUCCCCCGGCUGGACUCCUUCCUCCGUGUCCGUCGCCUUCGCCUCCCCAGAUCCGGUCCCUAUGGCGAGGAAUCCGGGCUGCGCCGUCUACAUAGGUAACUUGGAUGAAAAGGUCUCGGAGAGGGUUUUGUAUGAGAUUCUUAUUCAGGUAGGUCGUGUAGUAGACUUGCACAUACCCCGUGACAAGGAAACUAGUCGACCCAAAGGUUUUGCUUUUGCUGAGUAUGAAACAGAGGAGAUUGCCCAGUAUGCUGUUAGGCUGUUUUCUGGCCUUGUUCGGCUUCACAAUAGAACACUUAAAUUUGCGAUCUCUGGGCAAGACAAGGCCUCUUCAAAUGUCAAUGUUCCUGUAACACCUAAAAUGAACCCACUACCAAAUCCACCUCAACCAAUGAGAUUUGGUGAUACUCCUGUGUCACAACAUAGAGUGGUAAAUGGUAGGAUUGCAGGCUAUGGUGUUUCUCCAAAUCAUUCUUAUGAUUUCCAUUCCCAAGCAUCAAGUGGGGUAGCAAGUAGAGGAUUAAGUGAUGGUACAUAUGAUUAUAGUAGACGUGUAUUUGGUUCUGUUCUGAAUGAUGUUAGCCGUCGAGCUGACAGACAACCAGUUCCAUACCCGUCCUACUAGCAUACUGAGCUCCAAUGAAUGAAACAUCGGCCAGUGCAGCCAUUGUUGUCUCAGCCCUUCCGUAGGGUCAUCUGGGUCCUUGCCAUUACAUCCAUGUAAAUAUGGCUUAUGGUAGUGAAUGUGCGUGUCUGUCUGGUUGUUCUGUUGUUUUCUGCAUGGUAUGGAGGCCUGUCGCUGAUGGUUAGGUUCCAUGCCUUAUCUUCCUGAUGGGAUAUUGCCUCCACUAAUGUUGCUGUAGUACUUUCCCUAGUCAUAGGGAUGGGGUUACAGUAUUCUCAGUUCAAAAUAUGUGAACUAGUAUGUUAUUUGUUGUUUGUCAUGUGAGUUGGAUCUGUAUUAUGUUGGGACAUGAAUGGGUAAAAAACCCUACAAAUCUGCCAUCUAUCUUUAAACUUAUCUAUAAUUGCUUGUUGUUGAUGACUUGUUUGCUUGAGCAGUAUUUGUAUGGCAGCCAUGUGCAUCCAUCCUCACUUUGGAUCCAGCAUUGGCUACCUCUUGCUCUCGAGCAAUCGAGCUGUACAUUUUCGGUUACUUGCUGCUGAGGUGCAACAACUGUGAUUUCCUGGUAUGGUUUGCUGUUCUUGUUGGCUGUACGAGGGCAAGUUUUGCUACUUGAUUUUUCAACCGGUACCAUUUGUAAUAUUCAUUGGUGGUGCAUUUGCCGAGUUACAAAUGUGUCGGUGACCCGUUUUUACUCUGAGAAUUUCACAACAUAUAUCAGAACCAUCUGCUAGUCACUCAUCAUUCAUAAUGAUAAGAGCUGUGCCAUUGAGCCAGUUGGUCUGAAACCACUGAAGAUGUUAGCCCUGUUAGCUUGUGUAGCUUGUUUAUGGAGGAACCCCUGAAAUUCAUGUAGAAUUUAUCGAGUCAUGAAGGACUGCGGUGUAUUUGGGGUGUGGAACUCAAUGGUUAAUAUGGCUAUACAUGCUGCCUAUGUUGGGCAUCGUAUAGUUCAUUUCUGACAAUUAUAAAAUUAUGUGUCACCUGUUGUGGCUUACUUAUACUCCUAUUUCUUUUCCUGCACGAACUCUGUUUUUCCUAUUUACCUAUUGGUAUGCAGAGGAACUGCAGAAGCGCGCCUCAGUUACUUCACUGGCGAUUGUUUCACCUCACCAAGGCAGUGAUGAUGUCUGUUGGCAAUGCGCUGAACUUCCUGGUGGUACUUCUUUCUUUUCUUUCUAUGAGCUCCUUUAUACUGUUAACCCUAAAUAUGCAUCGAAAGUGUGGAGCUGCAUCCAUUCUAGAUGUGCCUGUUAUUGUAGACGAAACUGGUGACCGCUUCAUAUCUGGGGAGGUGGUGGUGAUGCAUCUGCUGUUAGAAAUGAGUUUGACAUGCCAUCCGCUGCUUACAGUGCUGAGUUCAAAAUCAUGAUGUUCAUGGAAGGACCAGCCGAACUGCUCGGGAUGGAUGGAGGUACCAGUGAUUAUCUUAUCAGAUUAUACCACAUCCUUCUCAAUGUUAUCAGAAUCGGGGCAGUGAUAUGAUCAGAUGCACGAGCCUUGUUCAAGAGCGUCUGAGCUGCAGCUGCAGGAAAGCUUAUAGGGUGAGCCAUACCAUACGUUGGCAAACUUUGCAUGUUGUAUAAGUAGGUUCGAAAGUCCUUUUGAGUCAUUUAGUGUGAAUAAACUUUAUUUGGUGAAGUGAAAUCUCUCUUUCCUCGCACGAAAAGGGAAGUGAGCUGAACCUAUUCGUGCUUUUACUCUUUCGUGUUUUGUUUGGAACCCCAUGUAGCCUCGGUCAGCUAUAAUCGAA